AUGGGUGUCUGGUAAGUGCUUGCCACGGCCCAGCUCUUGAGUGGCAUUAUUUACCAGCGGGUUGUCCAACGCCUAUUGAUACUCAUUAGAAAACUGACCGGUGUACAGAUUUGCGUAGUGACAACUCACAGUUAUUUUUGCAGCACAUGGUAGUCCAUUGUUUGUCUGUUCCUGGCUUCCCAAUCGCACCAGUCUCAAUACAGUCAACGACGCACGGUCUUCCCCUUCACGGUCGCAUUUGAAAGAAACAGGGAAGUCUUUGGCCUCUGGAUGUUUCCAGCAUUGCUCAUUGGGGUUACUCUGGCAAGCGGCAUUGACGCCAACGAAGGCAGCGGUGACGAGGACGAUAACCUGAGCGACUCUCAUAUUUACUAUGGGAGGAUGCCUUCGAGGGUGAAUAGUGUGAUAGAAAGUAGUAGAGAAUUGGAUAGUGUGAUGCUUUAA